AUGUCAGAAACACUCUACAGUCAGCGUCCUGAAUGGGCCGAUAUCAUACCAGUAAAGCAAGAUGACGGGCCAAAUCCCUUGGUUCCCAUCGCAUACUCGGCCGAUUCACUUUUAUACGUAUAUAUAUCACACAGGCAGUAUCGACAAGCGGUGCUGUUUGCUCUCGAAUCCGAUCUUGAAAAGGAACUUGAUUAUAUUGAUGACAUUGCUUUGAAUCAAUCGAAAAAUUACCAAGUAUGGCACCAUCGACAAGUCAUUGUGGAUAAAAUCGGGAAAUGCGAUCGUGAACUCCCAUUUAUCAACAGCAUCUUGGAUGAAGAUUCAAAGAAUUAUCAUGCAUGGUCUUACAGGCAAUGGGUGGUUUCGCGUUUCAGCCUGUGGGAUCAAGAAUUCAACUACACGGACGAUCUCCUGACAUUGGACGUACGCAAUAACUCAGCCUGGAAUUAUCGAUUUUUUGUGCUCUUUCGAAAUCCCGUCAAGCCCACCUCAGAACAAAUUGAUAACGAGAUCGAAUUGUUUGAAAAAGCGGGAAGAUCUCUUUCCGAUUUGAAGCCAUUUUUGGAUACUUUACGCGACAAAGACGUUGUUUCGCCUCACACAUUGUCCAUGUAUAUCGAUGUUUACGAACAAGAAGCUCGCAAUAAUAACACACCGGUAGAUCAGGAAGCGUUCAAGCUGUGUGAUGAACUUGCCACGAAACUCGAUCCCAUACGCCAUAAUUAUUGGUCCUACAGAAAAUUGGUGUUGGCAAAACAAAAUAAAUAA